AUGGAUAAAACCCUGUGUGAAAAGUUUGAUGAGUUAAAAAAAAGCUUACCCGAUGAAUUAAAAAACCAUGCAUUAGUCGAUUUUAAUAAAAAUGAAAAUAUUAAGUAUUACUGCUCUAAUGGAGAAUCAGGGAAAACAGACUGUGAGACAGAUCUCGAUCAAAUUAAGGCUGGAUGUUUAUGGUUGUUUGAGCAAUUGUUUUUGGAAAAUAAAAAAAAUAUCAGUACAGUUGAAUACAUUAUCAUAUGGUUAAGUUAUAAACUAAAUCAAAAGACGUAUGACGAAAUCAAGAAUCUAAAUGAUUUUUAUGAAGCGCACAUAAAGAAUAAUACGCAUUAUAUUAAUUGUAAACAAGGUGGUGUAAAUUGUAGUGAUUCAUUAAAAAAAAAUAUAGGUUAUAAAAAUUAUAAGGAAAUCAUAAAUGGAAGAAAGGGAUUGUUGAAUACUAAUUUUGAGUAUAUGUCUAAAUUUUAUGAUGCAUUUAAACCAUUAUGUAACGUGUAUACUGAACUUGGUGGAAGAAACACAAUAUCUGAGAAAUCUUUAGAAAAUGCUAAAAAUUUUGUUGAAAAAUAUAAAGAACUUAAUGAAGAUUCUAUAAUUAGUGGAGACAGUUCAUAUAAACAAGUAUUGUCUACAUUAUUAAAUGAUUAUAAUAAUUUAACAAUUUUUUGUGAUAGUAAUGGCAUUGAUUGUAACAAAAUUCUAUCCCUUAUCCCGACAGAAACAGAAGAAAGUGAUAUGCUAAGUUCUGAAGAGAUUUGUUAUGUUACACCACCAAGUUUGUCGAUAGUAAAAAAAUUAAUUCUAGCUUUAUUAAUAUUCAGUGUAAUAUCAAUCUUUUUUGGAAUUUUUUUUAAGUGUUCGUUAUUUGUAUUACGGAAAAGAGCUCAAAAACAAUAUUUAAGAGAAAAGCUAAAAAAAUAA